CUCAGAAAAUGGAGUGAAUAUAUUGGUGGCAGUGGGGUAUUAAUCGAGUGGGGGUGAGCUGGUGUGUAGGAGGAAACUCCCACUGGAGGCGUUCCCUGUCUCUCCGUGUAUAUUCACACAAUACCGUCAAUGAGCUGCGCUUUUCCCACGUUUUCCCUCCAGGGGCGAAGGGCUCGUUUGGAGUAGCGGCGCCGGGACUUUGGAUCCGCGGCUUCUGGUGCGUUCAGGCGCCUCGUUUUAAACUUUAAUACGCAUCCGCCGCUCAGCGUCAGGUUUAAAGGUUGGGCUGUUUAAUGAUCCUGCUCCAGUAAAAAACAACUCGUAUCCAGUCCGCGGUGAGACCCGGGACAGCGGAUUAGCUAACCUUUGAUUGUUCGACUCUGACUCCACGUCCUCGGAUAUAAUUUACCAGCUGAUUCUGGACCAGCGGACUCAGUGUGGACGUUCCAGUCGGUUGAUGUAUUAGGACGCCAUGUCUCCCCCCCACUGCUUCCUGCUGCUGCUGUCCUGCAUCCUGCUGGUUCUGCUGGUUCAGUUUCCUCAGGCUCAGUCCAGACCGGCCACAGAGGACACAGACACAGCUGACGCAGUGAAAUCCUCUGAAGAUGAAGAAGACGAUGAGUCAUCCUCAGAGGAAAAUAAACUCUCCAACGAAUUGUCAACAAGCAACGAGAAGCUCCAACCGCUGGCGCCUCAGUGGGUGAUGCCAGAGAAGAUGGAGAAGCAGCUCCACGCCGUCCCUGCCAGUAAGACGGUGAAGUUUCGGUGCCAAGCGACGGGAAACCCUGUUCCCUCUCUGCGCUGGUACAAGAACGGGAAAGAGUUCAGGAAGGACCAAAGAAUCGGAGGCUUCAAGAUCAGAGACCACAUGUGGACUCUCAUCAUGGAGUCAGUGGUUCCAUCUGAUAAAGGGAACUACACCUGCGUGGUGGAGAAUGAAUACGGGAGCCUCAAACACACCUACCUGCUGGAUGUAGUCGAGCGUUCUCCUCACAGGCCGAUCCUGCAGGCCGGUCUGCCGGCCAACCAGACUGCAGUUGUUGGUAGUAAUGUGGAGUUUGUGUGUCGAGUGUUCAGCGACCCGCAGCCUCACAUCCAGUGGCUCAAACACAUCACGGUGAACGGCAGCAGAGAGGGACCGGACGGACACCCCUACGUCCUCGUCCUCAAGACUGCAGGUUUGAACACCACAGACAAAGAGAUGGAGGUUCUGACUCUGAGGAACGUCACUCUGGACGACGCUGGAGAGUACACCUGCCUGGCGGGAAACUCUAUCGGCGUGUCCCACCACUCAGCGUGGCUCACUGUCGUGGACGACCUGCCCCCCUCCCCUCUGCCCUCCCAGACGUACUUAGAGAUCUUCAUCUACUGCCUCGGGUUUUUCAUCAUCAUCAUCCUCACAGCCACGGCCGUCAUCUGCAGACUCUGCUGUGCCCCGAAGAAGAGCGACUUCAACAGCCAGUUAGCCGUCCAGAAAUUAGCCAAGAGCAUUCCUCUGAGGAGACAGGUGUCAGUGGAGUCCUCGUCCUCCCUGCAGUCAGGGAUGUGUUUGAUGCGUCAGUCUCGUCUCUCCAGCGCAGCCACCACCAUCCUGGCAGGAGUGUCUGAGUACGAGCUUCCCUACGAUCCGGUCUGGGAGCUGCCUCGAGAUCGGCUGACUCUGGGGAAGCCUCUGGGUGAAGGCUGUUUCGGUCAGGUGGUGCUGGCUGAGGCGCUGGGGAUCGACAAGAACAAACCAACACGUCUCACCAAGGUGGCAGUGAAGAUGCUGAAAGCCGACGCCACAGAGAAGGACCUGUCUGACCUGAUCUCCGAGAUGGAGAUGAUGAAGAUGAUCGGUAAACACAAGAACAUCAUCAACCUGCUGGGAGCCUGCACUCAGGACGGCCCUCUGUACGUGGUGGUGGAGUACGCCUCACAGGGGAAUCUGAGGGAGUACCUCCGUGCUCGGAGACCGGUGGGGUUGGAGUACUGGAGCGGCUCGAGGCAGGCGUCGCUGGGCAGCUUGGAGAUCAGGGAGCUGGUGUCUGCUGCGUACCAGGUGGCCAGAGGGAUGGCGUACCUCGCCUCAAAGAAGUGUAUCCACAGAGACCUGGCAGCCAGGAACGUGCUGGUCACAGAAGACAACGUGAUGAAGAUAGCCGACUUCGGUCUGGCUCGAGAUAUCCACCACAUCGACUACUACAAGAAGACCACUAACGGUCGUCUGCCGGUGAAGUGGAUGGCACCAGAGGCUUUGUUCGACCGCAUCUACACACACCAAAGUGACGUGUGGUCGUUUGGAGUCCUGCUGUGGGAAAUCUUCACCCUCGGCGGGUCUCCAUACCCCGGAGUCCCUGUGGAGGAGCUCUUCAAGCUGCUGAAGGAGGGACAUCGCAUGGAGAAACCCUCUGCAUGCACCCAGGAGCUGUACCUGAUGAUGAGAGACUGCUGGCACGCCGUCCCAUCUCGCAGACCCACUUUCCAACAGCUGGUAGAAGAUUUAGACCGCACGCUCUCUCUCAUGGCCAACCAGGAGUACCUGGACCUGGCCGUCCCUCUCGUCCAGUACUCUUCGGUCGGCUACUCUGCUUCAGCUCAUUCCUGUAACUCCACAUAGGCGUCCUGGGACCGUUUCCCUUCCUGCAUCACCUUCACCCCGUUUCCUCUGCUGCGCGGGGCGGCGGCGGCGGCAGCAGAAGUCCCAGACGAGGCCGGGCAGAGGAGCUCAGGCGAGCUGCCUCACCGUCGUCCAUCACUGCAGCCUGAUGUGAAGAACAGCUGGACUGAGCCUGGACUGUGUGACUCCCCAACGAGGCCUCAGGAAGCAGCUCACACACUGUGACACACACAUCUCAUUCACACCGGGCGGAAAGACUGAGUCCACUGAUAGAGGACUGUGAGAGCUGUGAGGUUCUGUUCCUGUUCUGCCCACUGCACCAGAGCUUUGGUUCUGUUUAGAAUAAUACUGUUCCCAGUGUGAAUAUUGUAAAUAAUACUUUGUGUUAUAUGGAAGACCAAACUGGAUUUAUCAUGAAUGAAUGAAUAAAAUACACAGAAUUCAUAAAUAAAACUGUAAAACUGUUCCUGUUAGAUUUAUGGAUAGUUUUAGUUCUCGUGUAUUUUAUUCAUUAAUUUAUUGUGUAUUUUAUGUAUAUCUAUGUGCGUCAGGUUUGGUCGUCCACAGUCGUGUCAUGUUGCCAAAGAUGAAGCUGGUGUUACAGAUGAACAUUGCACUUAUCCUCCUCCAGCUGACUCCAGCCUGCAGAAUGUGUAUAAUGACUGAUUAACAGCAUUAAAAUCCUUUUGAAUUUCUA